AUGAUGAUGGAGUCCAGUAUCAACAGCGCAACAAUCUUACCACCUUACGAAGAAGAAUUCGAAACAGUUGAUAAUCUUCAUUGGUCUCCAGAAACAGCAAACAGCAUUUAUUUGUUUUGGAUACACCAGCUUCAAGCAUCGAAAUUUAGAACCACUAAAGUUCUUUAUGACAGGUGUGUUCGUACAAAUGCUAUAUCAGUGUUAAUAUAUAAAAGUUCUAUUUUAUGUGCUCUGAAAUGUUCAUUGAACGCUAAUUGUAGAAGAAUGAUGACUUGCACUCAUCCAGACGGAGUUGAAUGUUCUUUCUAUUAUGAAGGAGAAAAUUGUGCGACUCUACACCCUAUUGGAUGUUCCUGCUUUAUGAAGGCAUAUAGUAAGGUGAAUAAUACAGCGAUUUGUCCUAUAGGUUUAUAUGGGGACAACUGUGAAAAUACCAUUAAAGACUGCAGUGAAGGCAAUGAUAAAGGCUUUGGUAUUUUUAAUGCGUGGGUUCGUUCUUAUAUCAAACCAUUGAGAUUGAGCACUGCUAUCGAGGUAUUGUGUGAAUUCAGAUACGGUGGUUUUACCUUCUUCAUGACCAGAGAUCUUGGCUGUGAAGAUGUUUCCUUCAACAGAAAAAUAACAGAAUACAUUGAUGGUUUUGGAGAUCCAAAUGCUGAUCAUUGGCUAGGAUUAAUCCACUUUAAGGCGAUUUUAGACCAACAUUCGCGAAACAGGCUAAUGGUUGUUCUUAUCAGAGACGACUUCCGCGAAAAUUAUUAUGAUAAUUUCUCAAUUGGAGCGGUAGCUGAUGGAUACCCAAUUCACCUUGGACAAUACGACACAUAUUCUAAAGAUAAUUGUGGCGACUCACUAACAGGUGAUGUGAAUAUUGAAGGAUCUCCCUUCUCAGCUCCUGGUUCUGAUCAAACGUCCUUCAACUGUGCUGAUACUCGUCAAGGUGGUUGGUGGUAUGCUAAUGAUUCGAGAUGUAGUGAAAGUUACUUCAUGGGUUCUAAAGGCGCUAUGCUAUGGCCGACAUCUCUGGGUGAUAUUCAACAAAAUGUUGUUGCGUUAAGAGUAAAACCUUUUCACAAGUAA